UGCACAGAUCCCGCCAAAUGAAAGCAGCGCGGCAAAACUAUUCUCUCUCUCUCUCUCUCUCUCUCUCUCUUCGUCCUUUAUUAAGAUCUCGAAAGAAAAAAAAAAGAGGGUAUGCUUAGCUAACCUCUUUCUCUUCCCAAUCAGAAAGGCUAACAGAAACCUCAGAAUCCAAAGAAGAAGAAGAUAAUGAAGGGUGGGACGGUUCAGAUCAACUGGCACGACACGAAGCCUGUCCUGACAGUCGAUUUCCACCCUCUCUCCGGUACCCUCGCCACUGGCGGCGCCGAUUACGACAUCAAGCUCUGGUUGAUAAAUUCAGGCGAAGCACAGAAGGAAGGCCCAACAGCUUCCUAUCAAAAUAGCCUUUCUUACCAUGGUUCUGCUGUCAAUAUCCUUCGUUUUUCUCCUUCUGGAGAGCAACUUGCAUCUGGUGCUGAUGGAGGUGAGUUGUUAAUUUGGAAGUUACACCCUACAGACACAGGUCAAACAUGGAAGGUUUUCAAGACUUUAUCAUUUCACCGGAAGGAUGUUCUGGACCUGCAGUGGUCUGCGGAUGGUGCAUUUCUCAUUUCUGGAUCAGUUGAUAAUUCUAGCAUCAUAUGGGAUGUGAACAAAGGUUCUGUCCAUCAGAUUUUGGAUUCCCAUUGUCAUUAUGUUCAAGGUGUUGCAUGGGAUCCAUUGGCCAAGUAUGUUGCUUCCCUUAGUUCUGAUAGAACUUGCCGUAUUUACGUUAAUAAGCCUCAUACAAAAACGAAAGGCAUGGAAAAGAUGAAUUAUGUUUGUCAGCAUGUUAUUACAAAGGCAGAACAGCCAACAGAAGAUGCUUCCAAGUCUGUGAAAAACCAUCUUUUUCAUGACGAAACGUUGCCAUCUUUCUUCCGGAGAUUAGCCUGGUCACCUGAUGGAUCGUUUUUACUUGUGCCUGCAGGUUCUUUCAAGAUUUCACCUGCAUCUCAACCAGUAAAUACAGCUUACAUAUUUUCUAGGAAGGAUCUUUCAAGGCCUGCUCUACACCUCCCAGGUGCCAGUAAACCUGUUGUAGCGGUUCGAUUUUGCCCCAUCAUUUUUAGCCUCCGGGGUUCAAAUGCGGCUGAAUUCUUUAAGCUACCUUAUCGCCUCAUUUUUGCGGUGGUCACUUUGAAUUCUUUAUACAUAUAUGAUACAGAGAGUGUUAUUCCUAUUGCAAUCUUGGCUGGCCUCCACUAUGCAGCCAUAACAGACGUUUCAUGGUCACCUGAUGGCCGUUAUUUAGCAUUAUCUUCCCAAGACGGUUACUGUACUUUACUAGAAUUUGGACAUGAUGAACUGGGAUCACCCAUCUCUGUAUCAGAAAAGAAAGCCAUGGUUCAUGAGAAGCAGAGCCCUGUUCAGAAGCCAGCGGACAUGGUAAUUGAUGCAACGAGGAGUGAUUCUGUUGCAGCAGAUACCACAAAAUCAGAAGCAAGAAAGAAUGAAGGGAAACAGACUUCACCAAGCUCAACAAUUACUCCCAUUUCAAAUAAACCGGCUAAGAGGCGCAUCACUCCCAUGGCAAUUGAUCCUUGAUAUGCGCCAUGCUUGGCUCUGUAAAUUUUGAUGCAGUCAUCUACAGGUUGUAGAUUUAUCAAUCAAAUUGUAGUGUAGGAUAUAUGAUAUAUAGAACAACCCCCACCCCAAAGGAACUACUAGAAUUUUUCUUUAUGCUAGAUUUUUGGUGAGAGAUCAAGCCAAUUGUAUUAUGUAUUGGCUUCUAGUAUUGAAAAUCUGGUCAGCUUAAAUCCUAUUAUGAUGACAUUGGCAAAAUUGGUAAUACUGCACCCUCCAUGGCCCAAACUACUUAGCUUGGGUAUCUCAA